AUGGAAUCCAAGCACCUGGACCACCACUACUCGUAUAUAGAGCCUCGAGCCCGGUGCCCACCCUUGCAGCUUGACUCUUCGGUUUUCGCCUACAACGUCAAAGAAGAAGACGAUCAUCCCGACUCUGCUCUUUCCACUCCCAGCAGUAUCUCAACAAUUUCUCCCAUCACUCCCGUAGCCACUCGUCGCAGCUCCUGCUCCUCGGAACCAAGCGAUACCAAUGACGAACGGGAAGUUGGUUCCGCUUCGCGCGCCAGGUCUACGUCUACUGGUUCGGCCAAGGACAGAGAGAAGAAGAAGCGUUCUCGUGUGACACCAGAGCAGUUGAUUCAUUUAGAGAAAUUCUUUGCUCACGAUCGCAGCCCUACGGCAGCCCGUCGACGCGAGAUUAGUGAACUUCUUGGGAUGCAGGAGCGGCAGACUCAGAUCUGGUUCCAGAAUCGGAGAGCGAAGGCUAAGCUCCUCGAUGGGAGGCAGAAGGGACGCAGUGGAAGCACUGAAGCACCCCCCAGCACGCCUCCGGACCUUUCCACAGGUUACGAAGUGGAUCUCCAUAACCUCAUCCACGAAGAUGAACCUGUCACUAUCAUUAUUUGUUCUGAUCUAUCCGUCGGCACCUGGCGGCGCAUUUCGACGCCCAGAGGAGGGCAUGAUUUGAUAGCGUACAUGUGCGAGGCAAAGCGCUGCCUAACAUGGUUUAUUCGCUCGGGCGGUUAUGGCUUCAAGAUGGAGAUUCCCUUCGAUACCAUCCUCGAGACCCACUUCGCCCACGCAGCUCCAGGAUCGGGCCUAGCAACUUUCGUCUUGUCCAAGCCGCCGCACUUCUACAUGGAGAACACCUCAUCUCCCCUCCCUGACGGUUCCGUCCAUGUGUACUGGAAAAGAUGCGCGGAUUGGACCGAAGGGCAACAAGCGACUGCUGUUCUUCGCCACGACUUGAUUGGUUCCGCUGUGCAGCUAUCCCAUCUCAUGCGCAGCCUCGGGGCUUAUACAUCUGGUCACGGCUCUGACAUCGUGCUGCACUCGCCCACCUACCGCGGAGACCCAUCAUCGCCAGCAAUGGACAUCCCGCAACCUCCCUUAGUCAGCCUCAAUUCCCCAACAAGUCAUUACGCCGACGACCCUAUUUCCGCUUCUCUCGAAGAACAGGAACGUCGCCGUCGUCAAUCCUAUUCUGGACCCAUCACACUGAGCUACCCCCACCCUAUAGCUCACUAUCCCACUGUGGAUUCGCGAUCGCUUGAUCAACCGUCUCCAGGGACCUAUGCAUCCCAUGAUGCUACUGCCCAUCAAACACAAUCCGCACCCGUAUUCGAUCCCUCCACGUACCGAGAGUAUCCUAAAUCAGCCGGGCUCCCACAAAGUAACUUCGGGAAUCCCAUAGCUCGAAGUUACCAGGGACAGCAAUUCCCCCAAUUCUAUGGUGCAACCGGCGCUGCAUCCGGUACACGUCGGCAUUCAACAGCAAGCAUCUCACACUACUAUAAUAACAGAAUUCCAACAUCCGUCCUCACUACCCCUUACCACCCAACAUCUAGUAAUUAUGGCCCCGAAGCCAGUGGCUCCUCGUCUGCGACGACAGUCUCUUCUGGUCUUCCCGCCGUCAUGUACGAAUCCGAGGAAGAUAUACACCGGGUUCCUCAAAGUUCUGCUUAA